AUGGUAGAAGAUGCCUCAUUUGACAAUGAGAACCCACAGCUGGAAGGUCCCUCUCUCUCUUGGUUAUUAUAUACUAGUAGUAGUAGUAAUAGCAUUGAGAAUGAUCUGAAGACUUCCGGCGGGUGGGGUUCUGCACCUGUUGGACGAUUUUCAUGGGGUUUGUGCUAUAUAGAGGAAGUGGCUCCCCACAGCAAUUACUGUGAAUGCAUCGCAGAAUGGCCAUGCUAUCCUGGCAAAUCUUACAAAGGAAGGGGACCCCUUCAACUAUCAUGGAACUAUAACUAUGGCCCGGCUGGCAAGGCCUUAGGGUUUGAUGGACUGGCAAAUCCUGAAGUGGUAGCAAACGAUUCCGUAGUUGCUUUCAAAACUGCCUUAUGGUUUUGGAUGACUGAGCAAAAGCCUAAGCCCUCUUGCCACGAUGUUAUGACUGGAAGAUACGUCCCCACAGAAGAUGACAAGUCAGCUAAUCGGAGUGUUGGGUAUGGGCUGGUCACUAACAUAAUCAACGGUGGAGAGUGCGGAAGAUCCAACGACGGACAAGUGAAUGGUCGGAUUGGUUAUUUCAAAAGAUACGCUGAGUUGUUUAACGUUGAUCACGGACCUAACUUAGAUUGUGAAAAUCAAAAAUCUUUUUAA